CGGAGGGGACGCGCCCAGUUUGUUACUGCUUCCACUGAGCGAGGUGGACGGGGGAGCGGGUCUGGUGGACCGCGGACGUCGGCAGCGACUGUAGCGGCCGUUCGGGCGAGGUGCGGAGGAGGAGCAGAAGGUCUCUCCCGCCGCGACGACGGCUCCGGCCAUGGACGAGCAAGCGGGGCCCGGCGUCUUCUUCAACAACAACAACAACAACGCGCUGUUGCUGCCGCCACCUCCGGGCGGGGCCGGGCCGGGGCUGGAAUCGGGAGAAGCGGCGGCUGCCGCGGCUGCCGCGGCGGCUGCCGCUGGCGGGGCUUCGGCAGGGCCGGCCCCGGCCUCUGCAGGGCGGGCUCAGUACAGCGUCCCCGGCAUCCUGCAUUUCCUGCAGCACGAGUGGGGCCGCUUCGAGGCCGAGAGAGCCGAGUGGGAGGCAGAGCGGGCGGAGCUGCAGGCCCAAAUUGCCUUCCUUCAAGGGGAAAGAAAAGGUCAAGAGAAUUUGAAGAAGGAUUUAGUGCGAAGAAUAAAAAUGUUAGAAUAUGCUCUUAAACAAGAAAGAGCUAAAUACCACAAGUUAAAAUAUGGUACAGAGCUGAAUCAGGGAGAUAUGAAGCCACCAAAUUAUGAUUCUGAUGAAGGAAAUGAAACUGAGGUUCAGUCACAACCUAACAGUCAGUUAAUAUGGAAACAAGGGCGACAGUUACUCAGACAAUACCUGCAAGAGGUGGGAUAUACUGACACAAUCCUGGAUGUGAAGUCAAAACGGGUACGAACGUUGCUGGGUCUCUCAGGUGAUGGUCCAGAGAGGGAAACUGACAAAAUCCAAGAAUCAAUUGUGAAUGGCACUGAUGUUGAGAUUAAACAAAAAGUGAUGAUUGGGAAACCAGAUUUGACAGAUUCUGCCUCUCUGCUAGAAACAUUUAAAUUCCUUGAAAAUGCUGCUGCAGAAUUUAGUGAUGAAGAUGAAGAUGAAGAUAUUGAUGGAAGAGAGCGAACAAUCACGGACACAUCAACGAUUGUGAGAAAAAGAGUGCUGCCUGACAACAAUGAAGACAGAGAUACUGAAGAAGCUCUGAAGGAGUUUGAUUUCCUAGCUACAUCUGAUGAAGGAGAUGGGGAAUCCAGAAGUUCAGGAGAUGGUACAGACUGGGAAAAGGAAGACAAGUGUCUCAUGCCUGAAGCCUGGAAUGUGGACCAGGGAGUAAUAACCAAACUGAAGGAACAAUACAAAAAGGAGCGCAAGGGGAAAAAGGGGGUGAAGAGAAAAACUACCGAAGAUAUGUUUCAGCCUCAGUCCUUUAUAAAACAGUCAAAACAGGGAUGUGGGAAAAUGAUGGAGCAAAAUACAGGACCCAACAGGUCAAAACUGCAAGAUAUGCUUGCUAAUUUGAGAGAUGUUGAUGAUCUCCCUGCAUUGCAGCCUUCGGUUAUACCUCCCACCCGACCCAGUACUUCACGGCUUAUUGAGCAAGAGAUCAAUCGAACAGACGAAGUAGAAGCUUUAACAUUCCCUCCUUCCUCUGGGAAAUCUUUCAUUAUGGGAGCAGAUGAGGCCCUUGAAAGUGAGCUUGGCCUUGGGGAAUUGGCAGGCCUUACAGUAGCCAAUGAAGCAGAUUCACUGACAUAUGAUAUAGCAAACAAUAAAGAUGCUCUGAGGAAGACUUGGAAUCCCAAGUUUACUUUAAGGAGCCAUUUUGAUGGAAUAAGGAGCCUGGCUUUCCAUCCAGUUGAACCAGUGUUAAUUACAGCUUCAGAAGACCAUACAUUAAAAAUGUGGAAUUUGCAAAAAACUUCUCCAGCAAAAAAGAGCACCUCACUUGAUGUUGAACCUAUAUAUACUUUCAGAGCACAUAACAGUCCAGUGCUUUGUGUAGUAAUGAGUAACAGUGGUGAGCAGUGUUACAGUGGAGGCACUGAUGGCCUCAUCCAGAGUUGGAAUACUACAAAUCCAAAUAUUGACCCUUAUGAUUCAUAUGAUCCUUCUAUCUUAAGAGGUGCAUUUGUGGGCCACUCAGAUGCAGUAUGGGGUUUGGUUUAUAGUGGAACACACCAGCGCUUGCUCUCCUGUUCAGCAGAUGGCACCAUACGUUUAUGGAAGGCUUUGGAGAUCUCUCCCGCUUUAAAUAUAUUUAAUGAUAAUCAAGAAAUGGGAAUUCCUUCGUCUGUGGAUCUAGUGAGCAGUGACCCAAGCCUCAUGGUAGCAUCAUUUAACAAUGGGUAUACAAGCAUUUUUAAUAUGGAAACAAGACAACGCAUUCUUACCUUGGAGUCCAGUAUAGAUACUACAGUUAACACUUCUUGCCAAAUAAACAAAAUAAUCAGCCAUCCAACUCUUCCAAUAAGUAUCACAGCCCAUGAGGACAGGCACAUCAAAUUCUAUGACAAUAACACAGGAAAAUUGAUCCACUCUAUGGUAGCCCACUUGGAUGCAGUCACAAGUUUAGCUGUCGAUCCAAAUGGCUUAUACUUGAUGUCUGGCAGUCAUGACUGUUCUAUACGGUUAUGGAACCUUGAAAGCAAAACCUGCAUUCAGGAAUUUACAGCUCAUCGCAAAAAGCAUGAUGAAUCCAUUCAUGAUGUGGCAUUCCAUCCCUCCAAAUGUUACAUUGCCAGUGCCGGAGCAGACGCACUUGCCAAAGUCUUUGUAUGAUACGACACUUCCCUUUCCUUCCAGCUGCCUUGUAUAUCUAUAUAUCUAUAUAUCUAUAUCUAUAAAAUCAGCUGUACAAAAGAUCAGAGCAAGAAUAUUCUGGUACCCUUUAAUUCAAUGAAUGUUAGCAAUUGCUUUGGAUUAUAUUAGCUUGGUGCUGAGAGCUGGGGAACUCCCCAUUUCAAGCGGUCUAUAGAAGAACCAUUUUAAUUCUGAAAGUAUCCUUUUUUGUCCAGGCUGGCCUUGGGCAAAAUGAGAUGCUGUCUCAAUAUAUGCAAUGCAGAAAUCAACGAAAAGGCUAAUAGCAUGCCUAGGUAUCAGUGGAUCAGCUUUCCCUAACCUGGUGCGCUGCAAAAGUGUUGGGCUGCAACUCCUAGAGCUUCCAGUCAGCACUUUUAAAGGACACUAAGUUGGAGAAGGUGUCAAAUUAAGUUAGACGGUUCCCCAAAUUGGAAGUUCAUGUAAUUCAGAACCUUGAGACAAUUAAUUCAUUGUCUCCUUUUCAAGCAUUGAUUGGUUAAAUGAGGUACAGAAUCAGCCUAUGUUUAAUCUCAGCCUGUAGGGCCUUAUCAGAUUGGAUUUAAAGCAUCAACUAUUUAAAAAUAUGAAGGCAAUAACCUAUUUUCUGAAAUAUGAAAUUAAAAGAAGAUAUGUAAAAAGCAUAUAAAUGUAAAUUAUAUUUAAACUGUUGGAAAUUAAUGUUAACAGGUGGCUGGAACCACAGUAUAGCCUUUAAUGUAACUUCAUCUAAGAUGAAGGGGCAUAUGUUUACAGUAAGGAUCUGACUAAUUUCAGAUGCUGAUGACUAUUCAUAGUAGAGCCAAGGAAUAUUACGUAUUUUUCCAACUAUACAAGAAAUGAGAUUUCCAAAUUUUCUCACUGGGGUGCUUAUUGGUUGGGAAAGCAUAUGCCGUUCUCCUGCUUUAUAAACUGCACUGCAUAAGGGCCUCAUAAGCUGCACAGGAACAGGACGUAUUUCCAUACUGUUUGGGGUAUGUGAGGUGAUUCAGUACUAUUUACCAUGGACAAAACCUGUACGAAAUAACAAUGGUUUCCUGCUUCCUUCUAAUGACUCCAUAAUGUUUGUCAUAACUGUGGGAAGGCUUAUGCCAGUGCAAGCUGGAAGUGUCCAAAGGCAGAUGGUAUUCUUUUAUACGUAAUAUUGUCCCCCCUUGCUUGCUGCCCCCAAUCAUCCUGGUUUUAUCUAACAGGCCUUGUAUUGGGAAUAUGUGACUGGAAUUGGUUUUUGAAAGUACUUGAAACUUAAAAGAUUGGCCAUCUUUGGCCACCACUGUUGUGGUACUUUUAAUGGUUAUUUUCUGUAGGUUUGUUACAACAAACCAAACCUGUUUAUAGCUGUUUCCUCUCCUGCAGAAACUGGUUAAAUAGGAAUAGCUGUUACACAUUCAUUAUUUUUGUGAUUUUGUGUCAAAGCAGAAAAUCCAACUGCACAAAACACAUUAAUCUAUGUGUGACUUCUGUGUAUUUCCCUUUACUAUCUCGAUAUCCUUAUUUUUAAAAAGGAAGAGACAUUAAGCUGUGUAUAUUUUGUGUAUGUGUGUAUAUAUAUAUAUAUAUAUAUGACAGAGAUUGUAAACAGUAUAUAUUAUAAGUAAGGGAAGAUUCUAUGGAUAAUUUUAAUGUUUUAGUAUUGAAAGUUCUCAAGAUUUAAUACAAAGGAUAAAAGAUAUAUAGUAUUGUGCUUUCUGCUUAAGCAACAUAAUACCAAAUUGCUGAUGUUUAAAUUGCUGUACAUAUCACUAAUAGGUCAGCAUGUUUGAUUAAAUUAUGAAUAUAACAAAAAGUUGCUGUCCAGAUAUGGAUAGAAGGACGUGCCAUCCAGCUUAGUGAAUGUUUGAUCCAAGUAAAAUGACUUUUAAAAUAGAUAAUAGCCAGAAGUUGAGGUGCCAUUGAACAAACAAAAUGUAGCCUUAUUAUGUGGGCUGUGUUGCCGAUUCUGUGUUUGUGUCUGUCAAAUUGCAGACUACAAUCUGCAUUGUACUAAAUACCAAUACAUUCUGUUGGAGUUGAAAAGGAUCCUUUUUAACUGAUAAACUGUUUCAUUUAUUUUCCAAUCUUGGACUGCAUUUCUGUUAUGCAUUCAUAGUCAUUUUUCAGUCGGACUGAUUAAUGUUCAAUGUGCAUCUUUUCUUUUACUGCUUUUCUUUAUACUACCCAAAUGAAACUCACCAAGUGAACUGCCUUCAUUUAACAUAUUGUAGUUAAAUCAUGUCUGGUUAUCUAAAAGUUUUGCCUCUGCAUUUGACCAGGGAGAAAAUGCUGAGCAUAUGCUUGUCAUCUGAAGCCGUAGCUACUGAUUCAUGAAGGGCACGUACAACUGCACAGGAGGAUGCUAGUGGACUAGUGCUGCCCUUACAUCCUCCGUAAUUUAUUUUAAGAACAUAUUCUUUCCCUCCCUGUUAUCUUCCCUUUUCAAAGAAGAGGAAAGAAUAUUUAAGCCUCCCUUUGUUGUUUCAAACAAAAAAAGAUAACUGUAUGCUACAAACCGUUUGUUAGCAAACUGAAAACAUACAACGAUAACCAUGUUUCAUAGUAAUAUAUAUGAUUUACAGGUGACCUUGUUGCCCAGUUCUCCAUAUUAAACCAAUUGUUUAAGAUGCCUGAAAAGUACAAAAAGUGCAACUUGGUUGUAGUUGGGUGGGUAUAUUUCAUUUCUUCUAGUAUAUUAUUUGGUAUUUCACUAACUCCCCUCCGGGACAAUAGGCAAAUUUGGAUUUUGCAUGUCCAGAACAAUUUUUGUGAGUUCAUAAACGGUUAUGUUUUUGUACAUGACUCUUCGUUAGGGCAUUAAUAGAAUGCCAAUAUCUUUUGUUCUUUUUGCCAUAAUUUAUUUCAGAGAAUGUAGAGAAAUUUCUUUUAAUCUUGCGGUUAAUAAGCAUUCUUUGGGUAUCUGGAUUUGAAGCCCCUGUUCUUACUUACAGACAGCUGAUAGUCUUGGAAGUACUAGAAGUGAUUUUCAUUCUUCACCAGAAAACUGUGGUUUGCUUCUUGUGUUUUAUAAUACUGAAAUUGAAAUCCUUUCCAAAAUAUAAAUGAAAUUAUGUCUCAAAAAAAAAGUAGUAAUCCUUCUGCAUUUAGCAUGAUAACUGUAAUCGUCAUGCUUCAGUAAAUACGUAUAUGGAUCUACAUAGUUCAUGUGACCACUGUAUUUAUCGUGGAUACAAAUCUUAAUAUUGGCUUAGAUCAAACAGAAAGAAGUUAGUGUAAUGAAGUAUAGGUGAUGUUGAUCAUGAACCUCUGAAACUACUCUUUGAUUUGAUAUAAAGUGGGGUUUUUUUCUUUAUAGAAAAGUAGCUUUUAUAGCCCACCAUUUUUUCCUGUAUAUGUUUACUUAGAAGUAGGUCCUCUAUGAUCAGUAGGACCUACUCCCAGGUAAGUAUACAUAGAAUUUGCAAUAUUUGUAUUGUACUGCAAAUAAUUUUAAUAAUGCUUUGUGAGUCAUCAGUUUGCCUAAAUUUUGAUAAAAAUAAAUCAUUUAGGUUUCAGUUUUCAUCACAUUAGGGAGAUUUUGCAUUAAUAAAGAAACAGUGGUGGUGAUGCUAGAUUUUAGGGAUAUUUAUAACAAAAGAUUCUUCACUGAAUAUUACUCAAUAUCUGUCAGUUGUAGUCCAGGAGUUAUUCAUAAUUAUUAUGAAUGUGCACUUUAAGAAUAGUUUUCAAUAGUUUGUCAUUUGGUUAAAACUGGAUAAAGUCGCAAAAGGAGGAAAAUGCCAGUUGAGAAAUAGUAUAGCAAUUUUAAAAAAUUCUUAAAAAUAAACUUUUAAAAAGCAAAUGGCACAAAACUUUGUGAAGCAUCUUGAGUAAAUCUGUAUACCAAGAAAAUUUUCUUAUAACCUUCUGUUAUUGCAGUUAAAUAUGAGGUAAAAGUGAUGUGGUAAUGAAGGCAGUAACUCUGGGUAGUUGCUAAAUGAAGUGUGAUUGUUUUGUACAGUACUUGCAUUCUGUUGAAUAAAAUCUAAUGGACCCUUCUAUAGUAGCACUAUACAGAGCAGCUUUACUAAAUAUUGCAGCAACAAAUAAAUGUCCUUUGUAAUAUAUAUUUAUGUAAAUUGGGUGCUAAUAAAUACUAUUUUUCAA